AUGUCGGACUCGGAGAGCGUUGACUAUCUCCAGCCGGGCUUCGACCCGAUGACGCUGACGAAUCCCCGUCUGCGGUCGAUCCUGGUGACGUAUAACGUGCCGUAUGCGUCCAACGCGAAAAAGCCCGACCUGGUCGAGCUGUUCAACAGCCACGUGGCGACACAGGCGAGCAAGAUCCUGGCCCGCCGUGCGAGGGCCAAGCGGUCCAGCAUGGGCAUCAUCGACGCGACGCAGGGUGGCCAGAGCCACAGCACGGCCGACGGUUUUGAUGAUCCUCCUCCGACAGAGCGAAAGCGGCGGACUGGCCGAGCAGCUACGCACAGCCCAGUCAAGCGGGAAGCUAUGACGCCGCGACACCUGGACAGCGGGCACGACGAGGACGAGGAAGAUGCAAACUACCGCCGACAGCGCCGCACAAGCCCGCGGAAGCGUCAAUCGCGGUCUACCAGCUAUCAGCCGGCUGCAGCUACACGCACGCUGCUGCGGCCGCAGUCGUCGUCGCGCCAGACGCGGGCCCGGACGCCGCAGAUCAAGCUCGAGCCCACGGAAGAGGAGCAGCCGGUGCUCCCGGCACGUUUGGAGCCGGUGCCGGUGCUCUCAUGGACGCCUCAGCCAGCCCGCAGCAUCGCUCGCAGCCACCACGUGGCGCAGAGUUCGACCGACGAGGAAGUGCCCUUUACCAACGACAAUCCCUUCCAGAGCGGCAGCUCGCCGCUGGCGGCAGCAUCGGCCGCGGCAGCAGGCCGCACGCCGCGCAGAAGAACAGCUGUCAGCCCAGAGAAGCGAUCGUCUACCGGCACAACGAUGCCAGACUCGGCAUACGCACGCCGGCGCACUGCGGACGCUGCCUUUUCCGCGUCUGCUUCGUCGUCCUUUACGCUCGUGAACCCCACAUCGCCGGCACCCGAGUCGGACGAAGACGACGACGACGAUGCCUUGGAGCCGGGCGAGGAGUUCACGCCAGAGGCGCAGCUGGAACUGGCCCAGGAGGAAGCGGCUCUGCGCGAGCGCAACGCGGCCAACGGGCGGCGGGUCGGCCGGAAGAACCGGGCUGAUGCAGCGACGUCGUCGAGACGGCGCAGCGUGCGAUCGGCCCUGGUCACGCCGCUGUGGGUGCUACUUCUGACACUGCUGGGGACCUAUGGGGCUUGGUAUCGGCAGGAAAAGAUGGCCGUCGGCUACUGCGGACUGGGACGGUCGGUGGUGCCAUUGCUGACAGAGCAGAUCGACUGGCUGAUGGACCGGUUGCCAGAGCCCAUGCGCGAGACGGUGGCCAUGGUGGAGAUGCCGCCUCGACUGAGCGUGCUGGUCGAGCCGCAGUGUGAGCUGUGUCCGGCCCAUGCGUUCUGCUACUCGGACUUUUCGGUGCGCUGCGAGAGCGGCUAUCUGCUGAAGCCACACCCUCUGUCGCUGGGUGGCCUGGUGCCGCUACCGCCAACUUGCGAGCCGGACGGCGAGCGGGCUCGACGGGUCAAGGCCGUGGCUGACAAGGCAGUCGAGGAAUUGCGCAACCGACGGGCACGGUGGGAGUGUGGCGAUCUCGUGGACGAUGAUGGCAUCUCGGCAGCUUCACCGGCCAUGGAUGUGCCGGUGCUCAAGCGGGUGAUCGCCGACAAGCGCAGCAAGAAGAUGAGCAAGGACGAGUUUGACGACCUGUGGACGGCGGCGAUCGGCGAGAUCGAGACGCGCGAAGAGGUCGAGAUCGAGCCGGAAUAUACAGCCCCCGAUUCCGGAGCCGUUUCAGACGCCCGCCUAUCGUCCACCUCGCUCGCUCGCCUUCCAUUCACGUGUGCCAUCCGCCGGUCCAUCCGACUCGGCUUCGCCCGAUAUCGAUUCCCUGUUUCAGUUCUAGUGCUGGCCGUGCUGGCCCUGCUGUAUGUGCGCGCUCGUUUCCGGGCGCGCCGGGCGAUGCUGGCUCGCGUGCCGGCUCUGGUCGACCUCGCGCUGGAGCGUCUGGCCGCCCAGAAGGAGCUCUACCUGAUCGACGAGGACGAGGGGGGGGAGAGGGGGGUGGACCGGGACGCCGAUGGUCUCCGACCGGACCCGUUUCUGUUUCUGCCGCAGCUGCGCGACGACGUCCUGCGGUCGACGCACUCGCUGGCCGCCCGGGAACGUAUCUGGAAGCCGGUGCGCGCCGUUGUCGAGCAGAACAGCAACGUGCGUGCAGGCCAGCGUGAGGGCCGCAACGGUGAAGUCGGUCGUGCAUGGGAGUGGAUCGGGCCCGUCGGAACGACGGCGCACGGCGGCGUCGCAGUGGUCGCGCAUCGACCGGACCCGACGGAGGGAGCGUCCGGGAGCGAGUCGAGCGGGUUGAGCGAGGCGAGCGAGACAGUCGAGGAGAUCGAGGAGAUCGAGGAGAUCGAGGAAGCUCGGCAACAGCGAGACCAAAUCCACCUGCUCCCACCCGAGACGGUCAGGAUGGCAACAAAACGUCGGCGCUGCAUCGACGAUGGCAGGAGUCCAGGCCGGUAUACUGAGCUGACCUCGAGACUAGAGUUGAGCUCGUCUACCAGCUAG